AUUCGUUCAAGAACACCACAAAUCCUGUUUACAAUGCAACUUUUUGUUUUUUUUUUCUUCCCAAUAUGUGAAACAAGAGGAACAGUUUACAAUCAAUCGUCACCUGGAAUAAGAAGUGAGGAAUGGCAGCUACAUCUGGUAAAAACAACCUACCUGAGCACUGGGUGCAAAAGACCUCCAGUCGCUGUCCCACCGCAACGUAUUAUUUCAAUACCAAGACUGGCAAGUCCUCGUGGAUGCAUCCAAGCCUUCUGAAAGAAAGCAGUGAAAACUGUUCUGAAGAAUCAGAAAAACAAAAAUCAUCUCCACCAGUGAAAACUAAAAAAGUUAAGAUGAAGAUACCUAAGCCUAAAGAAGGCCUCAUUAAUGGGCCAAAGGAAAUUAAUGGAAAGACAGUAUCUAUACUUGAUAUCAUCAAUACACAGCUUGUCACUCCUCUUAAAGUUAAUCCUGUGCCUGAAAACUCUACUGAUAUUAAAUCACAUGAUGAUAAAACAGUAGAGGAACAGAAUUGGAAAAAUAGGAAACCUGUGAAAUUUGUUAUAAAAGCACAAACAGAGGGCAAAUUUUCAAAUGGUCUGAAGGAAGAUUCACCUAAAGUAUGUAAAAAACCAGUACCAGUUCAUUCCAGCUUAUUGAGAGCUAGAAAAAUUGCUGAAAAUGUUAAGUGGCUGAAGAAGACUGUAACUAGUAAAGAAAGUGAAAAGAUGCCUCAAGCUGUGAAGUCAGAGGAGAAAACAGUCAUAUCAGAUGAUACGUGUAAGGAGAGUAAGAAACAAGUAGACAAAAAAAAAGAAUUAAUUACAUCAACAGAGAAAAGGAACAUUUUCAAGGCAAAGAGAAGGACUCGGACUGGCACCAAAAAUGCAAAGGAGGAUGAAGCUAUAAUAAGGGAUAUUAUUAAAGAAAUAAGCAGCAAUCCCAUCAGGGAUGAUGGGGAAUGCAAAUCAUCGAAGAAAAGUAAAAAAGUGAGUGAUAAUAAAAACAUAAUUAAAGAACAUGACGUGUACAGACAUUUUAUAAAAUGUGAGGAAGAGUCACAUCCAUCUGUUAAAUCUUUACAUAAAACUGAUGACUUGUCCAAGAAAACUAGGCCCAAGCUAUCAUCUCUUGAUAUGAUAGCAGGCCUAUAUAAUAGAAAAAGAGUUUGUGAAUUUAAUACUGAAAAUGAUAAUGAUGAAGUUAGUGCUAUAAAAGAUUCAUCUAAGAGUACUACUAAACUGCUUACUCCUAAUAUGUCAGUUAAGAAAAAAACAGUUUGUUUAUAUGAUGCAGAAAAUGAAUAUGAUGAAAUUACUACAAGGAAGGAUUCAGCAAAGAAAACCGAGUUGUCCUCUCCUAGUUUGCCAGUAUAUAAAAGAAAAACAGUUGUCACAUGUAAGACUGGAAAUAUUCCUGAUGAAGUUAUUGCAAUGGAAGUUGAAGAACAAGAGAUAAUAACUGAAAUUGCUAACUUUCGGGGAUCAGUCUGUCACACGCAAAAGACGGAGAGCAUCCAGUUAUUAACAUCGAGCAUCAACAGCAGCUCAAAGUCUGUCCAUAUUGUGGUUGAUACAAAUGUUCUCAUUCAGGAUAUUGGAUUUCUUGAAAGCCUGAAAACGAAGGAAAUUGCUGGAAAAGAAGUUGUUAUUGUAGUCCCUUACACUGCUUUACAAGAAAUGGAUGGACUGAAGAAGAAGGAAUCUAUUGGGAAAGCAUGCCAAGAAGCUAUUCGAUGGUGCAACAGUCAUUUUCAAAACAGAGACCCAAGAGUACAAGGACAAAGUUAUGACAGUUACCUCAAAACUUUAAAUGACAGCAAACGCCCUAGUGGUGAUGAUCUCAUCCGUGACUGCUGCUUGACUUUGAAGAAAGAAGGCCUCGAUGUGUGUCUCCUUACAAAUGAUGUUAAUUUGCAGAAUAAGUCUUUGAUGUCUGACAUAUCAGCAAUUGGUAUUCGGGGUCUUAGACUGAAACUUCAACAAUCAUCCAGAGAAAUGACAAAUCAAGAUAAUUUUGAAGUUCACUCUAAAAUAGAGGAUUCUCAAAUGAAAGUUCCUUAUGCUUCAAAAUUUCAUGUCGAUAUUGUACAUAAUAGCACAGAAGAACCUUUUGAAUAUUCACAGCCCGAACAAAUGAUCUGUGAUGUGAGUCCUGUACAAAACAGAAAAUCUACACCAAGGAAGGACAGUGAAUGCAAGACAGUUAGAAAGGCAAGAACAUCUAAUAAUAAGUGUAAUAGUGAGGAUGAAGAAUUGCUACACAAAAUCAGCACAUCAUUAAAUGCCACUCUAAGUCAGAUCUUAGAGCUAAUAAUGAAAGAUACAUAUGGUGAUAUUUGGACUGAGAUUGUUAUACAUAAACCUCCCUGGAAUGUCAAUGAAGUUUUAUCCUGUUGGGAAAAACAUUGGAUUGCUGUUAUGAGUGAUAAGUUUCCACGAAGAAUCAAAGAGUUGUUGAUGUGGAUCAAACGGAUUUUGGAAAACUAUGGGAGAGGAAGUUGUAAUGCGAAUGCUCUUCGUGAACAAGUGCAAAAUUUGUAUGAUUUCUUCAAAGAUGGAAAAUUUAAAGACUAUAUUUUUCCAAUUCAUGGGCAAUCUUUUCAGACUACAAACAUAACUGAAAUUUCGGAUCAGAGCUCUACAUCAUCCACCACUGACAUAUCAACAGAAGCUAAUACAUUUAAAAGCCCAAUAAGAAACAGUGAGGACUCCAUCAAACAACAUGUACCUGCCUCCAGUGGUACUGAAAAUAUAGAGAAAAUGAUCAACCUUGUUGGGAUGCACAUCACACAUUUCAUAGCCAUGAUAUUAGAUGCCUAUGGAGUCACACACAGUUUACCAACUCUUAACACAGCCAAUACAAUGACUAGAGAAGGUGCCCAAAGUAGCUGCAUAAAUCUGCACAACGUCACCAUGAGACUGGGUACUACAAUUGCCAGGUCUUUAAAUGAAGGAACUGCAGACUUACUUCAAGAAUUUGGUAACCUGCUGAUAAACUUCUGGGCAGAUGCCAAAGAACCUUGCCCAAACUUGCCCUUCACAGAAGAGGAUCUAGCACAGUAUGUUGCAUCUACAAAUGGUCGGCAGUUCCUUCAGUUAACAUUAGGUGAACUGGAAAGAUUGCUUACCAUGCUUAUAUCUGUAGUUAACAGUCAAUAAUUUUGUUAUACUGUACAUUUGUUACGUUUAUGGAAAUUUAUCCCAUUUCUAGUCGUACUGCAAUUUUUCUGGAUUUUUACAACACAGUAACUAUAUUUGGAAUCAAAAGAUAACAUACAACAAAAUUCAUAAAGUAUAUUAAGAGCUUCCAUAGCAACAGUGAUAUCUAUAAAUAUUUUUUUUAUUUAAUACUGUUAUUUAGAAUUACAUGCAAUAUAGUACUUUCAAAUAAGAUGAUGAUAAUUGAAGGCGUUUUAUAAUGCAGAUAUGGGAAAGGUGAAAUUUUGCACAUUUUAUUAAAAUAUUGACAUUGUAUGUUACUGUAGUUUAUUAAGAAUGGAUAUACAAAAGGAUUAUGAAUUAAAACCAGUGCCUGUAAAUAUAAUUUUCCUGAUACAGUAAAUGAUUAAAUUUCUUUUAAAAAAAAAAGAUACAGGCUGAUGAUAGCAUUUGGCGUGAAGAGUAGUUGCCCUGUAGUCACCUGACCUACACCUCCUAAAGUGGCCUUGAUGCACACAGGAAGCCUAUGGCUUGGUCUGUAUUUUGCUCAAGCAUUUUGUGCCAUUUGCUGGUGGUUGAAACAUAUGGUUUUAUUGACUGUCAUGUAUUUUCUUUGGUUUAUAGAAUCAGAUUCUUUUGAUUUAUGUAUACAAAAGCAGUAGUCAACUAUUCAACCAAUAAUGUAAUAAUGAUAAUAAGAAUAAUAAUAAUCAACAUUAAUGAUCAAGGUCUUUAACAGUAUAUUUUUAGGUUGAAAGUUUAGUGACGAACUUUUGUACUUUGUAUUUUCAUAUCGCAUGCAGUAGAAGGUACCCUCCUGCUACCUCGAAUUACAGCUUAAGUAAGCAUUAUUUAGUAAUACCUAUUAUUGGUUGUACUUUUGUUUGCUGUUAUUACCAUCUCGUAUAAAAAAAAGAAUCAUUCUGAAGAAUGGUGAGAAGUUGAGAUGACAAAUGGUUUUGGGUUUCAGAUUUGAAAUUCACGAGUUAAUUUUCAAUAAGAAUAAGAUUUAUAUUGUAUUUGUUAAUUGUACCUCAAGUACACGUGAGAUUUUGCUUCAUCACGUUUACAGUAUUUGGAGGCAUUUGGAUUUUUUAUUUAAACUUUCUUUUUCUGCUUACAAAAUAAUGUAAAGCAUCACUUUGGUGUCUCAUACAAAUAAAUGCUCACAUUAAUAAUCAUCAAUGAAAUUUCUCAGUAAAUACUAAAAUCUUUCCUGCCAGUAAAUUUUCCAUCAAAUCAAACUCCCUUAGCAUCCCAGAAGACAUUAGAAUUCCUCAAAAAAUUAAAAAUAUAUAGAAGUUCUUAAAACAUGCAUUAUAGCUUUUUAAAAUAAAAACGCUGUAAUGUGAUAGACUACAGUGAAUUAUUAAUUGAAAACAAUAUUUCACUGCAUUUCUUGAAUAGUAUUGUAAAGAUAUCAACAAAAACAAUUUUGAAAGACUAUAAAACAGUUUACAAAAACAUUUAGAUUAUUUGUUCUUUUUUAUAAUUUUGACAUUAGUCAGAGUGAAAAAACGGUUGUAUAUGGUUAUCUGGUUAUCUUGAGAUGAUUUCAGGGCUUUUUAGUGUCCCCGCGGCCCAGUCCUCGACCAGGCCUCCACCCCCAGGAAGCAGCUCGUGACAGCUGACUAACACCCAGGUACCUAUUUUACUGCUAGGUAACAGGGGCAUAGGGUGAAAGAAACUCUGCCCAUUGUUUCUCGCCGGCGCCCGGGAUCGAACCCGGGACCAUAGGAUCACAAGUCCAGUGUGCUGUCCACUCGACCGACCAGCUCCCUCCUGGUAUCCAAAUCCAAAGACCGUAGAGCUGGUAAGUGGACCAAGAAGGAUGGGGUGAGGAUGCAGAAAACACAAAGGGGGUUUGGGAUGAAAGGUGGAGGGGGGUAGUACAGAUGAGUACCCCAACCACUCUGGGUAUUCUGAUGAGAGGUGAUACUGUGGUGCGGUUUUGAGGUGAUGUGUGAUCUGAGAUAUGAUGAUUUCUGUGGUGCUCGUUUUUUUUUUUUUAUGGUGGGGUGCAGCCGGCUCGCGACAUCGGUUUCCGGAGAGCUGUACAUAUGCAGUUUGAGUUCAGGGGUUUGUUUGGAAAUUUGGGUUUAUGUGUUAGACUUCAAUCUUCUGGUAGUGGAACUUAGCUGGUAAUUCCCACUCAUCCUCGGUUGGCAGGUAGCUCAGAAUUCUGGGUCUUGGGAAGCCCUUAUCGUGUAUAUAUCUACGUACUGUUUUGCUGUAGGGACAUUCUCCUUGUCCUGUAGGGCUGGACGGAUAUUUCAUUGGUAGUUGUGUUAUGUAUCACAAAGGGGUCUUCACGGUUGGGUACAUACAUGCUCCUCAUUUUGCAUAGCUGCUUGAUCGAGAGUCUGCGCAGGCGAACGUUCAGUGGGGUUCAUUUUCAAUCUGGUAUGUAGGUUGUCGGUGUGCACCCUAUUCAUAAGCGACAUGUCAGCCACAAAUCGCAACGCACUGUUCUGAACGCGCUGCAACUUGAGCAUGUUAUUGUAUAUGUUACUGUAUGUAUUUUUGUAACAUUUUAAUGCAAAUGACAAAUUUUUAUUUUUUGUAUUCCAUCUGAUAUGAUCUUUGUUAGUAAAAAAAUGAAUAACUUUG